UCGAGACCGUAGGUCGCGUCUGGGAGAGGAGGGAGAGAGGGCUUCCCCGAAUGGAUUGACACAAGAAGGAUUUACGCUUUAAAUUGUGUUUUAUUCAGUAUGGCUAUAUACGUGUUGAUAAAAACAGUAUUGGUAGAUUGUGUCAAUGUAUCAGCGUUGUAAAGAAGAGUUACUAACCAGCCAUAUUUUCCGAGUGAAACCAAUACAAUGAUCGUCAGUGUCUAUCAGGAGUGGAAUAUUAUUAGCAAUUCAGACAGUGCAUCUGUCUCUCUGGUCCUUUUACAGGUUUUCAACAUGGUGGGAAAAUAAAUCAACAUAUGAGUGUCAGUAUAAGCCAGUAAUCCACUCUCAAAAAAAUUAAGGAAGAGAGAAAAAAAAGUUGAAGUUGUAGCACAGCUGAGAACAACCAUUCACCUGGUUCCCAUGCCGACUGCCCCAUCUCUGCCCUCUCACAUCCUCCACUAUGCCUCCUACUCCCAAACCCCCUAAGAGACAACCCCCACCACAGACAAGGAAUGGCUGCAAGGUGAUACCCACAACAACAACCACCACCACCAAGAGGCAGAUCUCCAACUCCAGCAAGUUUAGAGGAAAAGCCUUUGAGAGCCCACAGUCGACACCGAAACCACCCCGAAGAUCCACAACCAGGACCCAGGCCCAGCCGGCCAGAAGCCCAGGGAGGAGUGGGGUUGGCAGGCUUGGCAGUCAGGUCCCGGGGGGGUCCCCUGGUAGGGUUAACCAUGCCCCUGUGCAUGUAACAGCAUCAGUGAGGCUAAGGAGCCGGGGUAAUCCUCUGCUCCAGCAUGGGGUGGGAGAGGAUCCGCCGGGGCGCAGGAUGUCCUUACGGGGCAUGGGGUGCUCCAAGAAGUUUCCUCCCCUGACGGUAAAGCCUAGCAGGGGAGGGAAGAAAGCCAGAGGGGGGGGGGUGAGGGGAGCAAGGGGUCAGAGAUGGAGCGAAAGAGGGAUUGAGCAAGGACCUGAGGAGUCUGACCCUGGUAGUAUAGACCCUAGUAUGAUUGACCAAGAGAAGGAGGUAGUCAGCCAUGAUAGUGAUGGCCAACCGCUUAACCUGAGGACUGAACUUGAAGACCCUUCCUGUGUUGACCAGCAGGAACCAGGAGUCGGCCAUGAAUGUGAGGGAAAACCUCUUAACCUGAGGACUGAAAUUGAUGACACUUCCUGUGUUGACCAGCAGGAACCAGGAGUCAGCCAUGAUAGUGAGGGCAAACCUAACCAGAGGACUGAACUUGAUGACCAUUCCUGCAUUGACCAGCAGGAGCCAGGAGUCGGCCAUGAUGGUAAGGGCAAACCUCUUAACCUGAGAACUGAUGACUCAGCUAGUGAUGACAAACAUGAAGAGUUAGUUGCCCAUAAUGGUGACGCGGUUGGUACUGACCCACACAAUAAGCCUUUCAGCCAGAGUGGUGAGGGCAAACACUCUGAGCUCAAUGACCCCAUCAGUGUUGACCAACAACAGGAAAAGCUAGUCAAUAAUAUUAGCGAGGGCAAUUCAGCGCAAUUCUACCAGAGCCAUGAGCUUGGUGACUCUACCAGUGAUGAGAGGCAGGAAGUGUCAGUCGUCCCUAAAGGUGAAGACAAAGCCAAGAUUAACCUUGGAGCUGAGCAGAUUGAGAUUGAGCAGAGAGAGAGAGAUACUCAUGCAGAGGAGCAGAGCGGGGAGAGGUUGGAGAAGGACGGAAAGGAAGCAGUAGAGGAGAAAGCAGUGGAAGAAGGAGAGAAGACUGAUGAAGAAAAGAAGAAAGCAGAGGGGGAGGAGAGAGUGGAGAUAGUCAAGGUGAAGGAGACCAAGGAAAGAGAGGAGAAAGACGAGAGAUUGGAGAAGAGAGAGUUUAUCAGCAGACCUCCAGACACAAGCUCCAGUAUUUCUGUCUCUCAGCCCCAAAAGCCACCUCUGCAGGAUGAUGUGUUGAUGAUGAAAUCACCUGUCCAUCCCCCAUCUGUCGCUGAACCAGCUACCUCAGACCUGGUGUCACCCCCUCUCCCUCAUCCUCACCCGACCUUUACACUUCACCCCACAAUGUCACAUGACAUUAAGGUUCUGAACCAAGGUGCAAAACUAAUCCAACCUACCCAAACUGUUGAAAUCCAUAAACCUUUAAAAGUCCCAACUACUUUCCAUGAGACAUCACAGACGACCUCAGUGCACCCAGUAUCACUAAGUCUCUCAGUUGCCUUCCUCAGUGAACCCCACAAGUCUCUAUGUGUAAUCCCAGCGAACCCAGCACCCGGUCAGAGCCCAGAGAGCCCUGUCUCUCCAGAGGCUAGACAACUUCUCAGACCAGUGGACAAAGAGACCAAAGAGUCAUCCAAUCACCUCAAUGUAAAAUUAUCUUCAUCAUCUGCAUCAUCAUCGUCAGACCUGUACACCAACGCGGAGGUCCCCAUCACUGUGUCUGUACCUGACCUGGGUCCAUUGUCAAACAACCACAACAAUUACCCAGAAGAACCACCAUCAUCAUCAUCACUCCCAUACACAAAGAAAGACGUCUUCACCACUGGGUCUGAACCAGACAAAGACAUUGUAUCUAUCUCUGAUUGUGACCUGGGUUCUGGUCCAAUGACUCACAACAAGUACAACCAAGAUGAGCCACAACCAUCACUCCCAAACACAGACACAAGGUCUGAACCGAACACAGGGUCUGAACCAAACACAGAUAUUGCAUCUGUCUCUGUAUCUGAUCUGGGUUCAGUGCCAAAGACUUCCUGCAUCCCUAACCAGGAGAGUUCUAGCUCCAAGUUCUCAUUCUCCUUCUCCUGCAGCUCUGAGAGCACCCAAUCCUCCUACUCCUUCGACACUGAGUCAGAGACUGGAUAUGGGGAACUUAGCCCCCCUGGACACCCUAGCCUGGACCUGGGACACCUGGACUGGGGCACAUCUCUGCCCCGAACCCCACGGAUCAUCCAGAGGAGGGAGAGGAAGAAGAGGAGUAGGUGUGGAGGGUGUGAGCCGUGCCUAAGGAAGUUCAACUGUGGCCAGUGUAGCUGCUGUCUGAACCGCAGGACUGGACACCAGAUCUGUAAACUGAGGAAGUGUAUGGAGCUGAGGAAGAGGAGGCCAAUGUCACUGCUCACACUAACAUCUACUCAGGUGGGGUGCAAGGAUGUGGCCAAACCAGCAUUAAAGAAACCAGUUUCCACGGUGGUUCCAGAGGACAGCUCAGUUAAUGGAAGAGGCCCUGUCCAGAUGGCAGAGGACACCUAUACGGCAGCAGAGGACGAGGAGGAGGGUCACAUACCUCACACACACCCUCCCCACGUCCACACUCUUGCCCAAAUCCGAGAUGGACGACCAGCAGCACUUAUCAAGAGAGAGCCUGGCCUGGAGGACACCAAUGAUGGACUUCCUCUACAGCACCACUGCUCUUCUUCUGGGACUUUUCAGAACGGUGCUAACGAAAACAUGGCUAAAACCAACGGUGCUCAACUGAUUGCUGGUCCGGAAUCACAUCAGUUGUCACCUGAGUCCCAAAAUACCACAAUACAAUUAGAGUCCCAAAGUACUACAAAAUCUACGUACCCCAAAGGCAGCUCUGAGCUGAAGGAUGCACUUCUGGACGACAGCAUAGCUGUUCCCCUGAAGAAGAUAAAGGUGGAGGAACCGUGGGUGUGGUCCAUGGACCAGUCCUCCGCCCCACUAGGGGGCGAUGAUGACGAUGUCUAUGAGGACGCUCUGUCCACACUAGCAGCCGUGGUGUGUUUCUCUAUCACAGACAGGAAGGGUCUGGAGGAGAAGUUGUGUAGCUCCCGAUCCCCGGUGCUACGCUCGUUCAAAACAGAGCCGGAGGACUUCAAGGUGGAUAUUUGCUUGAAAAGUGCUCCCAUCAGUCCACGAAAAGCUCUCGACAUUAUUGUCAAACGAGAGCAACCCUCUCCAGAUCUCUCUCGGCCAAGCAUCCAGUCUUUGGUAGAAGAGAGGAAUAUUAGCAAUGACCAGGCUAUCGCUAUCGAGGCGCUAACCUUACUGGCAGCUAUCCCACAAAACUCCCCAGAACCCUUUAGAACCAACGCACAGGGUGAAAACCCCACCACACCACCCAUGCACUUAUCCAAUAGAAACACCCCUCUCCAGGGCUCCAACAAAGUUCUAGUGAUCAGCUCCCCUCUGCACCAGACCUCAGUCAUACGCUCCCCUCUGCACCAGACCUCAGUCAUACGCUCCCCAGUGGCCAGACAAGCUCAUGUCAUCCAGUGUCAUUCCCGUAGCCCCGCAGCCACUGGCAACCUGUCCCUACAGGACCUGCUAGAAGCCAGCUCGGACUGUGACAGACUUCCCUACGACAGCACCGAGAGAGCAGGACAACACCUGUACAGGAGAGCAGACCAAGGCCUUGGUUCUCAACAUAACAGGGGCGAAGGCACUUUCAGACAGCGGAAAGACAUGGAGAGGAACAGCAAGGAAACAUUAGAGAGGACGGUGGGUAAGAGCGGGAGGAACAGGGAUGAGGAAGAGGUGGCGGCUCAACUUGCCGAGUUGGCGUUCAUCAUCCAAUCACGUCACAAGCAGCAGGGUUUCCACCCCUCCCAGCACUCAGAGAACAACCCUCCCAGAGGAACUCCAGUCUCAGCCAUCAAGUACAACUACAACUCCGAACAAGCACCACCCAACCACAAGAAGACCCCUGUGAAGAAACCCAGGACCACACUUUCUAAACCUAGGAAGAAGAAGGGAACGGAGGGGCUGGAAGAGGAGGGCUGCAAACCCAACAACCGUACCCCCCUGUACAAACGAAUACCCAACGGCAAGACCCCCCACAGAGCCAGGGUCCAGAAGGUUCUGCCCCAGCCGAAGACAUCAUCGCUCAGCCACAAGAGGAGCCUGUUCCUGCCUCAGGCCCAGAUGGAUCUGAAGAGGUACUUGACUGAGGCUCAGGAGGAACGACGGCAGCUCUUUUACUACAGUAACGCCCACAGUGGGGUCAAAUACCACAAAACCUCUGGAGCCGUCGAUCGCGGUCGAAGUCAAGGUUAUGGUCAUGACAACCAACAGUGGUCGCAUUUCAACGGUCACCUGGACCCUUUACAAGGACAAGGAGUUGGACAAGGACAUGAUUGUGAAAGAGGAUUGUAUUCUCAGGUAUCGCAGCCCUACGUUGGGCAGCAGCAUGGUGCUAACCUAAAGGCUAGCUCCACUAUCCCCAGUUUCACCAGCAUAGACUCUAACAACCACAGAACCGGGUUGAACCAUGGUUUAUCCAAUGGCUACUCCUCUGGGGGUCAACAGCAGGGGUAUUACAAAGUGGAGAGGUCCGGUCCGGUCACCGUCUUGUCCACGUCAGCUAACGGCGAUUUGGACCUAUCGGAGGAGUCGACACCCACCAAACACAACGUGAACAGCUUCCUGGAAUCGCCCCUCAGCUUCCUGGACACGCCCACUAAGAAUCUGCUUAACACCCCCUCCAAGAAACUCUCUGAGAUCCCCUCCUGUGGAUGCAUGAAGCAAAUCAUAGAGAAGGAGGAGGGUCCAUAUUAUACUCACCUUGGUGCUGGACCCAGUGUUUCAGCCGUCAGAGAGAUGAUGGAGAACAGGUAUGGAGAGAAAGGGAAGGCGGUAAGGGUGGAGGUGGUGGUGUAUACUGGGAAAGAAGGACGCAGUUCCCAGGGCUGUCCCAUCGCCAAGUGGGUGAUCCGUCGGGGCAGUGAGGAGGAGAAGCUGCUGUGUCUGGUGAGACACCGGGCAGGGCACCGCUGUGAGAGUGCCGUGGUGGUGAUUCUCAUCUUGGCAUGGGAGGGCAUCCCCCGGGGCGUGGCAGACAGUCUGUACCAGGAGCUCACCCAGACUCUCUGUAAAUACGGCUCCCCCACCAGCCGGCGCUGUGCACUUAACGAGGAUCGGACGUGUGCUUGCCAGGGUGUGGACCCGAACACCUGCGGCGCUUCCUUCUCCUUUGGCUGCUCCUGGAGUAUGUACUUCAACGGCUGCAAGUUCGCCCGCAGCAAGAUCCCCCGCAAGUUCCGCCUGCUGGGAGACAUGCCGCAGGAGGAGGUGAAACUGGAGCAUCGUCUGCAGAACCUGGCCACAGACCUGGGUCCUGUCUACCAGAGACUGGCCCCGGAGGCCUUCCAAAACCAGGUGGAUCUGGAGCAGGCGGGCCAGGACUGCAGGCUGGGUCGGAGGACGGGCCGACCUUUCUCCGGGGUCACGGCAUGUGUGGAUUUCUGCGCCCACGCUCACAAAGACACACAGAACAUGAACAACGGCAGCACUGUGGUUUGCACUUUAACCAAGGAGGACAACCGUGCGGUGCGUAACAUCCCUGAGGAUGAACAGCUCCACGUCCUGCCCCUCUAUAAGAUCUCACAGAGGGAUGAGUUUGGCCGUGCCGAUGGCCAGUGGGACAAGAUCCAGACUGGGGCCCUGCAGGUGCUGUCAGCCUUCCCCAGAGAGGUGCGUCUGCUGGCUGAGCCGGUGAAAUCAGCACGUAAGAGGAAGCAGGAGGCCAAGCUGAAGGCCCAGGCUGACAAACAGGCUGCAGCUCAGGACAGGAAGCCUGGACAGAGUCCACUAACCCCGGGCAAGGUCAAGACCGAGAGCACCAACAAAGGUUCCAAAAGCACUUCAUCAGUGGAUCAGUCCUCCUCAUUCAAAGCAGAGCCUCAGCCCUUCUACAGCUCUUUCACACCAGGAAGUGUGGGUGCCUAUGCUCCAGAGUCUAACUCCCCUAGCCCUUACCACCACAGCACUCCCACCUACCCCACUCCUCCAGGAAGAUCCACCCCGGGGAUGGAGGCUCUUUCCCCCCAUCGUCCCGGCAUGCCUUCCACCCAGUACGGAUACAGAGGGCCACCAGGGGCCCAGUGCAAUGGUUCCCCCCUCCAUUACAAGACAAUGGGAGAGGAUGUAAAUGGUUACUCCCCAGGACUCAUCAGAAAGCAGCUGGUGAACACUGAGAGAUGUGGGACACCUGGUGACUACCCCCCCAGGACGUUUAAAAUGGAACCCAACGAGGUGCACUGCUCCCCUCUUGUCAGACCCCCCCACAGCCACAGUACUCCUCCUCCAUCCUCCUCCUCCUUCUCCGCCCCCCUCCCCCACCCAGAGGGCCUCCACAGCAGACUCAACGGGCUCCCCGGGGUGGCGGAGGAGAUCGGGGACGGGGUUAAAGGUCAUGGAGGUCAUGACCUCCCCCACUGUGCCACUCAUCUCCCCCUUCAGGCCCCUCCCCCUCUCUUCCCCAACCCGGAAGAGGUCAAACAGGAACAGGAAGAGGUAUGGUCAGACAGCGAGCACAACUUCCUGGACAGUGACAUUGGUGGGGUGGCGGUGGCUCCCUCCCACGGUUCCAUUCUGAUUGAGUGCGCACGCAGAGAGCUCCAUGCCACCACCCCCAUCCUCCGACCCGACCGCAGCCACCCCACCCGCAUCUCCCUGGUCUUCUACCAGCACAAAUCCCUCAACGAGCCUGACCAUGGCCUGCACAUGUGGGAGGCAAAGAUGGCCCGGAGGGAGCGGGAGAGGGAGGAGGAGGCUGAGAGGAUAGGGAUGGGCCUGGACCUGGAAGAGGUUAGCCCGGUCAAGGGGAAGGGGAAGAGGGGGAAGGGGGCCGGGGCUGAGAGUGUGGAGCCUGAGGAGGUAGAAGAGGAGGGCCCGGAGGAGAAGAAAGGGGUAUUGAAGGUUCCUACCCGGCAGGCGGUGACCGUAGCGCGGGAUGGGGUGGUCACUGUGUCCCCUUAUGCUCUGACACAGGUCACGGGCCCCUACAACCGCUGGACAUGAUACUGUUAUGUACACACACGUACACAGGCACACAUUCACUCACAGACACAUACAGCGAUUACAUUUUAACACACACACACACACCACCCUGUGCUACUGCCUUACCUCAAUCAACUUUACACUUCUAAUCUCCUUUUUCUGUGUUAUUUCAUUGUGUUACCUUUUCCAAACGUAUGUCUGUUUAUUUUUGUUUCUCUUCGUCUCUGCUUUCAAAGUGAUGAGGAAGAAUAUCGUUUGUGGGUUUUUAACUGUGACUUUUAGUGUUUGGUGAUUAUUUUUGGGGUCUGGUUUUUUCAUGUAAAGAGAUGGUGCUCAGAACCAAUUUUAAAUGUGUUUUUAAACUGGUUUUAAAUACAACUUGAUUAAUAAGAACAAACAAGAUGUGAUUAUUUAUUCUGACCAUUUUUCAAAAACUAUUUUUUUAUUUUAUUUCUUGAUGCAAGCCUGUUUACUGCAAUUUUGCUGUCAUCCAGCAUUUUACACUAGUAAACACUCAUGUCAAGUCUCUAUGGUCUUUGUUUCAGCCAAGAGUGCUCUUUUCACAAAAGGAGUUUUAUCAAUGAUUGAUCAUGUAAUGGUGCCAUCUGUAGCAGCAACUUUCGAUAAACACACCACAUAUUACACAGUAUGUAAGACUAGACUACACACAUCUAGUUUUAUGUGAAAACAAUGUAGCAUGGUGCUUUCCUUCUCUUCCCGUUCCUCUAUUGGUGGUCAUGGUGCUUUCCUUCUCUUCCCAUUCCUCUAUUGGUGGUCAUGGUGCUUUCCUUCUCUUCCCGUUCCUCUAUUGGUGGUCAUGGUGCUUUCCUUCUCUUCCCGUUCCUCUAUUGGUGGUCAUGGUGCUUUCCUUCUCUUCCCGUUCCUCUAUUGGUGGUCAUGGUGCUUUCCUUCUCUUCCCGUUCCUCUAUUGGUGGUCAUGGUGCUUUCCUUCUCUUCCCGUUCCUCUAUUGGUGGUCAUGGUGCUUUCCUUCUCUUCCCGUUCCUCUAUUGGUGGUCAUGGUGCUUUCCUUCUCUUCCCGUUCCUCUAUUGGUAGUCAUGGUGCUUUCCUUCUCUUCCCGUUCCUCUAUUGGUGGUCAUGGUGCUUUCCUUCUCUU